UUUGGUUUGAUUGGAAUGCAGAAUGAUGGUGUGAAAGGAUAGAUAGCAGAUGAGGGAGGUGGUGAUGGAGAUGGAGAGUUUGAAGAAAAUGGAGGAAAACAAGGCCAAAGAGAGAAAGAUGGCGAAUUUGGAGGCAGAGGUAGGCCGGAUGAGGCAGGCCGAGGCGGAUAAGGACGCGUCUCUUGGGAGGCUGAUGCGCGACGUGAGGGAGCGAGAGAAAAGGAUCCAAGACUUGGAGGGAGAGCUCGAGCGGAAGAGCAAGUCCGAGGCCAGCAUGGCCAGGCAUCUCGACUCUGCCAUGUUCGAGCUUGAGGAGUCCAAGAUCGAGAUCGCCUCCUUGCACGAGAAGAUGGAUGGACUCGAGGAUUUAUGCAACCAGAUAAGCAAAGAGACGAAAGGGGCUGAGGACUCUCGGACCCUCAAGGCGAAGCUGGCCAAGGCGCAGGAGGCCGAGAAAAAGGCGCUAAAUAAGGCCGCAUGCUUGGCCGAGGAGAUGGAGAUGGUGAAGGCGGAGUGGAAGUUUGCUAUGGAGGGUGAAGACAAGAGCUCGAAAGCGAUGGAAGAUUUAGCGUUGGCGUUGAAGGAGGUCGCCACAGAGUCGAAUCAAGCCAAAAUGGAGCUGGGUUUGAAGGAGGAGGAGAUGGAGAGGAUGAAGGUUAAGUUGCAUCAAGCUGAACAAGAGGUAGAGGUGCACAAAAAGAACGAGGACAAGUUGAGGGCGGAGAUGGAGGAGACGCUCUUCGCUUGGAACGCUAAGGAAAUCGGGUUCGUGAACUGCAUCAAGCGGGCUGAGGAGGAGCGCGCGCUGGCGCAGAUCGAGAACCACAAGCUAACCGAGUCGCUCAAGGCGGCCGAGAACAUGACCCGGUCCGCGCGCGAGGAGACGUACAAGCUGCGAGACAUACUCAAGCAGGCCAUCAACGAGUCGAACGCAGCCAAGGCAGCAGCCGGGAUCGCGAGAGACGAGAACUCAUUGCUCAAAGACUGCUUAGCCGAGAAGGAGGAGGCGCUGCACUUCAUCACAAGGGAGAACGAGCGGCUCCGGAUAAGCGAGGCCGCCGCGCAGGAGCACGUGAAGCAGCUCAAGCGGAUGCUGACGAUGGCCUCGGCCGAGGUGAAGACGGACGACAAGGAGGAGAUAGGCAUCGUGAUGUGCAACGACGACGACGACCACCAGAGCAUGAAGGACGCUAGAGAGUUCAGCUUUGAUAUCGAUGACUUGAGCUUCUUGAACGAGCCCGAGCCCGAGGAUCCCGAGAAGACGGAGGCGCUUAAGGGCUCCAUCUUCGAUACAAGCGCCGAGACGCCCAAGGCGGCUGAGCCAGCGAAAGGGACCUUCUUUAGGCUAAAGUUUUUGUCUUCGGAGGAAGAGCCUCAUAAGGCCGGGGAGGCCGAGGAGGCGGCCGAGGGGGAUAAGCAACAAGGCCACAGACGGACGAAAACUAUGUUCCAACGAGUGGGGGGACUUCUCACUAUAAGGAAGAGUUUCCAAAGGAAGGAUCCAUCGAUUGAUCAGAAGACUACUCCUACCCAAACUCAGCCUUAG